UGACAGCUGCCCAGUGUGGAUGUAACGGAGCGGAAUCCUCGGGUCCGACCCUCUCUGCAAACAUGUCCAGCCUGGCCGGGCCGAAGAACAAACCGGGUCGGAACGCUGCAGAGAGCCACCGGCAAGAGUCGGUGCAAUUGCUGAUCUUCAACUUCUUGCUGAUCCUCACCCUGUUGACAAUUUGGCUUUUUAAACACCGGAGAGUGCGCUUUCUGCAUGAGACUGGCGGGGCUAUGUUUUACGGCCUAAUAAUGGGACUGAUCCUCCGUUAUACCAUUCCGUCUCCUGACCCUGAAAGCAGCAUUGUGCACAGAUGUGAGGAUGUGACCUCUAACCCUGGGAUCCUGCUGCUAAAUGUUACUGACCGCUUGUAUGAGUAUGAGUACAAGCGUGAAAUUGCCAAACACAACAUGAAUAAUCGACAGGGGAAUGAAAUACUUCGGAAGGUAACGUUUGAUUCAGAAAUUUUCUUCAAUGUCCUCUUGCCACCGAUAAUAUUCUACGCUGGAUACAGCCUGAAAAAGAGACAGUUCUUCCGGAAUUUGGGGUCAAUUCUAACCUAUGCUUUUGUCGGCACUGCCAUUUCCUGUAUUGUGAUUGGGGGCAUCAUGUAUGGUUUUGUCAGGGCUAUGAUAAGCCUUGGCCAGAUAAACAGGCAUGACUUCUACUUCACUGACUGUUUAUUUUUUGGAGCUCUGAUUUCGGCUACGGACCCAGUGACAGUGCUUGCCAUCUUCCACGAGCUCAACGUAGACAUGCAACUCUACACGCUGCUGUUUGGGGAGAGCGUUCUCAAUGACGCAGUCGCCAUCGUCCUGACCUACUCCAUCUCCAUAUACAGUCCAAAGGACAACCCAGACACAUUUGAUGCUGCUGCUUUCUUCAAGUCGGUUGGGAACUUUGCUUGGAUUUUUGCUGGCUCAUUUGCAAUGGGGUCGGCAUACGGCAUUGUCACAGCUUUGAUAUCGAAAUUCACCAAACUCUCUGAGUUCCCAAUGCUGGAGACUGGGAUUUUUUUCCUGUUAUCCUGGAGUACAUUUCUCUCGGCAGAAGCCAGUGACCUUACAGGCAUUGUUGCAGUUCUCUUCUGUGGAAUCACACAAGCUCAUUACACCUACAAUAACCUUUCUGAUGAAGCAAAGCUGAGGACAAAGCAGCUUUUUGAGUUUAUGAACUUCAUGGCUGAAAACUUCAUCUUCUGUUAUAUGGGUGUUGCACUGUUCACCUAUCAGAACCACAUCUUCAAUGCACUCUUCAUUUUCGGAGCCUUUAUCGCCAUCUUUGUAGCACGAGCCUGCAAUAUCUAUCCUCUGUCAUUCCUACUCAACCUGCGACGCAGAAGAAAAAUCCCUUGGAACUUCCAACACAUGAUGAUGUUUGCAGGCCUGCGAGGUGCCAUCGCGUUUGCCCUGGCAAUCCGGGACACCGACUCAAAACCGAAGCAGAUGAUGUUCACCACAACGCUACUGAUCGUGUUCUUCACCGUCUGGGUCUUUGGAGGGGGAACUACCCAGAUGCUCACCUGGCUUCACAUCAGGGUGGGCGUAAACCCAGAUGAUGAACUUAACCAGGAAAGUGUUUUCGUGAGCAGUGGUGGUGAACAGCAGAUAAGCAGCACCAAGGCUGAAAGCGCUUGGCUCUUUCGGAUCUGGUACAACUUUGAUCACAAAUACUUAAAGCCAGCCUUGACACAUUCUGGUCCACCACUCACAACAACUUUACCAGCAUGGUGCGGUCCUGUUGCUAGGUUACUGACCAGCCCUCAGGCGUACCAGGACCAUCGGAAGGAAGAUGACACAGAUUACAUCAUCAGUAAUGAUGAGCUGUCGGUGUAUUAUGAAGACAAAGCAGUACCUGCUUCCUCUUCGAGUGAGGAACCAGGAAAACAGAGUCCCAACCAAGAGCAACCAGGGACCAAGGAUAUCUUCCAUGAAGGAUAAGUUCAGUGAAAUAUUGGCACUACCUCAAAAUGGAUUCCAGGUGGCUAUACAUCCGAAACUGGGCAAAGCAUUUUUUUGGCACAUUUUCCGGUGAGGGAACAAAAUGGAAGGGGAAAUUGAAAAGCUCUCAUGUCCUCAGAUCAACUCAACUACUCCAGCCCUUAAAUUCCCAUUUGUACCUUCUCCUGCUUAGCAGGCACUAAACUCUCAUAUUAAAAUUCAAACCCACAACUAGAGCAGCUGGACCAAUACUUAAACGGUGAGUUCAUGAAUUCCUAACAGUAACACGCCUGAGACCAAAAGGCUAUCUCAUGACACUUUUGAAAGAAUGGUAUUUUAAUUCUGUCCAGAGCCUUGGGAAUUUGCCUGUCCAAUCAAAUUAAUGUAACUGCACUGACCUGAUGGUUUUUUUUUCCUUUGAAAAGCUCUUUGAUGCCAUACUAAACUUUGCUCCUUUCUGUCUCUGAUAUAAAACAGUCCCUGCUCGGGCCUCUGCCCUCAUGCAGGAAUGAUUCUAAUGCAGACUCAUCAUGCUCUGUAGCUGCUGAAGAAAUACCAUUGCACUGUUGUGGAAACUUUCAAAAGUUAAUCAAUAUAAAUUUAUUUGUCCCUUUCUGUGUUCUUAAUAAUUUUGAAGGGUGUUAGAAUCCUAAAGGUCAGUGGUACCUUUUUACAUUGUUACGUCACAUUCCAUUGUUCUAAUGGUGUAACGGGUUGAGUUUCAGCCAUGUUCUCUGUAGUCUCUGGUUCAAUAACUUGAUAAUGUCGACUAAGAUAAACCACCUAUUAAUGGAAAAAAUUAUGGAACUCAACUAUCUCAGUGUCUUAGUAAAUAAAUGCAUUAUUUGAAGUCUUCUGGAAACCUGUGCUUUGCAUUAUGCUGUAGUAUGAAGUCAUACAAGGCCAAAAGUUCCCAAGCGUGGUCCUAGACAGGAGUCAACAUCCAACAGCUAAUUUCGCAACCACUCAGCUGGGAGGAAGCAUGGAAUUAUCUAAUGUGGAAUUGUUACACAGCAGCCUCCGCUGACUUUCAGAGUGUUAGAUAUAGAAAGGAUUGAAGCUGUAACAAUGUGGCAAAUAGCCCAACAAUGCCCAUUCCCAUUGCUCACACACGCAGAUCAGGUAAUGGAGGCUCUCAGUGCUUGCAAAACUACCAAAGUAGGACGUUGAUUUGGGAGUCCAUUGCUUCCAAAGCUCCAGCCAGAAAGGUGUGAAGGUGCUGGUGAUGGACUGGGGUGGACAAGGUCAGAAUUCACACGACGUGUGGAUCUGGAUGAACACAACAGGCCAAGCAGCAUCUUAGGAGCAGGAGAGCUGACGUUUCGGGCCCAUUUCGGGCUUAGACCCUUCCAAAAUGUCAGCUUUCCUGCACCUCUGAUGCUGCUUGGCCUGCUGUGUUCAUCCAGCUCCAUACCUUGUUAUCUCAGAUUCUCCAGAAUCUGUGGUUCCUAUUGUCUCAGAAUUCAUACGACCUCAGUUUAUGGUCCAACAGUCACCUGACGAAGAAGCAUUGCUCUGAAAGCUUGUGAUUUCACAUAAACCUGUUGGACUAUAACUUGGUGUCGACUGACUUCUGAUCUUGUCCAGCCAGAAGGGGAGGAGAAUUAAGAACAGAGAUAGGUAGCUGACUUUCUGAUCACUGGGUUUCAAUAACAGUCUCCAAACACAUUUGAUGCUGGACAAUUAACAUUACAAAACUACGAUAUAUUUUUGUCAGGAAAAGCUAAUAAGGGUUAAAGAUUCGAAGCAGCUGGAUGGAGUUGGUACAGAUAAAGCCAUGAUCUAACAGUGCAGCAGAGCACGCUGGAUAACACCUUAAGGUAGAUGCUACUUAAACAGAAUGUAAAUAGUAUGUUGCAUUAGGAUUUGCCUGAAAGACUUUGCUCCGUCACAUUUAACAUGCAUCGCCAGGGAGAUAAAAGAGAAGAUUAUAUUUCUGCACCUGAGUUAAACUGUACUGUUAAAAAGUACUGUCAAUGUUUACUGGUGUAAAUUUUGCUGUGAAAUAGCUAAUUAGAUUCUCAAAAUCUUACCUAAAAUUCAAAUCAAUGGAAUACUGUAUUUUAUUCAGGCUAUGCUUUGCCGUCAUCAUAAUCUUAACUUCAGAGACUGUUAAUCUGUUUGAUUUUGGAAACCACUAUUUGUGAAAGAACCUUCUAUUUUUUGGGUAUGGCUUUAUUUAAGGUGGAAAUCUAUUUGAAGUUUUCUGGAACUUUGUAUUGCACAUUAGUAAAUUUGCUGUAACAUAGACCUUGGGUAAUUUUACAAUGGGCUCUGCAGCUCAUGUGGAUCAGUGUGAUCUCUGCAACAUUUGGGGUGGUGUCCAAGAAACAGAUGAAAGCAUCAUUUUGUCUUACGCCAGCAGAGAGACCAUAAAAAAUGCACCUAACUUUUCUCAAUACAUGUGUUGCAGAAGUAUAAAGCAUACAGUUGUCAGCUUUGCUUUGUCAUAAACUUUGGAAACAUUCCAUUACUUUGACAUUCAGACAAAUGGUUUUAGUUAGUUUCAGAUACUAUAUAAAGUAUCUCAUAGCUUGAUAACAGGAGGUUUCACAAGCUAGAAUAAGGAAUGGUGAACUUUAACUCAAAAAGCAUGAUUUAUUUUCUUGAAGAUGUUGACAAAUAGGAAGGGCACGCAAUAAAUCGUAAGUAACAAGGCAUUAAAAUACCAAGUCAGUAUUGGUGUCUGCAUAGUUGUGGGAGUUUUUUGUACAUUUACUCAUGGGAUACAGGUAACACUGGCUGGGGCAGCAUUUACUGCACACCCCUAACCGCUUAAAGGACUAUUAGGAGUCGCCCACAUUGCUGUGGGUCAUGCAGGUCAGAAUGGCAGAUUUCCUUCUCUAAAGGACAUUAGUGAACCGAAUGGGUUUUCACAACAAUCCAUGAUAGUUAUUAUAGUCACUAUUACUGAGACGAGCUUUACAUUUAAGGUUUUCAUGAACUGAAUCACCAGUUACCAUGGUUGGAUUUGAAAAUCUGUUCCCAAGAGCAUAAGCCUAAGAUUCUGGAUUACUGGGCCAAUGGCAUUACCAUCAUAAACCUUCUAUUUUCCUAUAAGAGAUGGUGGCAAAUGGAUGACCCUCUGAUAUAUCAAUAUCCUACACUAUUGUAAGUGAAAUCAAGGAAAAAAUGCUUCUUAAUUGAUGUUUCUUUGACUCACUAGGAUUAUGUACUGUCUUGAAUCAAAGCAAUUGUUGUCUUUGUUGCUAACCUGCUACCACAAGCAAACGCAAAACCAAAAUAACCAUCAUAAGCAGUACAUAUCUACCAAAAAAAGGCCAAGAUUAAACAAAAGACCAAGAAUUAAAGGUAGCAAACUACCCAUCUAGAAUCUUGUCUUCCUUUCAAUAAACAACUUUGCCUGUUAUGUAUUUUCUGUCCCAACAGUGUAAGAUGCCUUUGCAGUGUAACCUGUUAUAAUAUGGUGCACUUUCACAAUGGAAAUAAAA